GCUGCUGUAUCCAAUAGGACAUCUGAACACCGACUAACGUCACGUUAUUAUAGAAGGGCAAACCAAUCAUAACAGCGAGCACGGGUGCGUAAAGUUGAGUGUUUUUCAUCCUUCUCGAGAAAGUUUAUAUGAGAAACGAGGCUCCAGAGAAAGGACCCCCAAGAUAAGGACAGUCACGUGCCGAUAUACAACCGAUACCAUUGGUGGGAAAAGGAGGAGAGGGCGUUCCGACGGCGGCGGCGUGGGUUCGCCUGUGUGACACAAUUACAACAACUUUGAGCUGGUGGCUAGGGGGAAGUUUGUGAUAUUACCAAAUAACGCCCUGUUUAACAACCCUACAUCAUCAGCACUCCAUGCACCACACGGUAUUGGCGGCAUAAAAUAUUUUGAAUAAAAAUGUAAAAAGAAGAUCGCAGAAGUUUCUUCUUACGGAAUUACACUUCUUUUACAUUUUAAUCCUGGAAAAAAGUUGCUUUUCCCCGUUCUAUUUUUCGUUCGGGUUUUUAAUUUGGUGGAGUUUCUGGUUUGCUAACCCGUUGCGUUUCCAUGAAAUCGUGCGGAGUGUCGCUCGCCGCUGCUGCCUGCGUUGCUGUUCGAAGUCUCGGCGCUGCUGGUGAUGAGGAAAAGAAAAUGGCGGCGGGAAAAGCGAGUGAAACCGAAGAGGACUUUCCGAGGCUGACAGCGCAGGAGAGGGACAGCUUGGUCGAAAUUGACAGCCGACUGUUUGGAUUUCAGAGGCUUCAUGAAGAUGGCGCCAGAACGAAGGCCUUGCUGUUAAAGGCCGUUCGCUGCUACGACGCUCUGAUCCUGAAGGCGGAAGGGAAGGUGGACCCGGAGCUGUUCUGCCAGCUCGGACACUUCAACCUCUUACUGGAGGAUUAUCCAAAAGCAUUAUCGGCAUACCAGAGGUACUACAGUUUACAGUCUGACUACUGGAAGAAUGCUGCCUUUCUAUACGGCCUCGGUAUGGUUUACUUCUAUUACAAUGCAUUUCAGUGGCCAGUGCAGCCCUCCUCAGCUGAUGCCCACUCAGGACAGAGAAGGGCGAUCAAGGCCUUCCAGGAGGUGCUCUACGUCGACCCCUGCUUCUCUCGCGCCAAGGAGAUCCACCUGCGGCUCGGGCUGAUGUUCAAAGUAAACACAGACUACGAGUCAAGCCUAAAGCAUUUUCAGCUGGCUUUGAUUGACUCGACCCCCUGCACUUUGUCCAAAGCUGAAAUUCAGUUUCACAUUGCGCAUUUAUAUGAAAUUCAGAAGAAGUACCGCGCGGCCAAGGAAGCCUAUGAGGCCCUCCUGCAGACGGAAAACCUUCCCUCUCCGGUCAAGGCGACGACCCUGCAGCAGCUGGGCUGGAUGCAUCACACGGUGGAGCAGCUGGGAGAUAAAGCCAACAAGGACAGCUAUGCUAUCCAGUGUCUGCAGCAGUCUCUAGAGGCAGACCCCAACUCUGGCCAGUCUUGGUACUUUCUUGGCAGGUGCUACUCCAGUAUUGGGCGGGUCCAGGAUGCCUUCAUUUCCUACAGGCAGUCUAUUGAUAAAUCCGAGGCCAGUGCAGACACCUGGUGCUCUAUAGGUGUGCUGUACCAGCAGCAGAGCCAGCCCAUGGACGCCCUGCAGGCGUACAUCUGCGCGGUGCAGCUGGACCACGGGCACUCGGCGGCCUGGAUGGACCUGGGCACGCUGUACGAGUCCUGCAACCAGCCUCAGGACGCCAUCAAGUGCUACAUCAACGCCACCCGCAGCAAGUCCUGCGCCAACACGUCCGCCCUCACCACGCGCAUUAAAUGCCUGCAGGCUCAGUUGUGUAACCUUCAACAAGGUAGUCUACCGAGUAAAAGUAAAAUGCUUCCUAGUAUUGAGGAGGCGUGGAGCCUACCAAUCCCAGCAGAGCUCACGUCCAGACAGGGAGGCCUGAACGCAGCACACCAGGCCUGUAAAGCUCAUCAGAGUAAUGAUGGCGGCUUGCGGCCCCCUCAGGCGACGGCGCAGUCGUUGCCUCAGCACGUGGGCCCCUCGACCCAAACCGAGGACCAGUCCAGCCCCGCCAAGAGGAAGAGGACGUCCAGCCCAGCCAAGUCGCAGAACUCUCUGGAUUCCUGGGUGAGCAGUCCUGUCCAGCAGCAGGCCCCUAGCUGGUACCUAACGCCGCAGAAGCUGCAGUUCCUGGAGCAGUUGCGGGCGAACAGGACGAGCCUGAAGCCGACGCAGCUGCAGGUCCUGGAGCAGCUGGAAGGCCAGUACGCCCUCAUGCAGCAGCAUCAGCAGCAGAUGAGACACAACGCGGCCGGACAGGCCCGACCCACCGUGCCCAACGGCCCCACCGCCAACUCUUCGCCGCCCGCCGCUCAGACCCCCAACGCCGCCCCGCCCCCCUCAGCCCGCUCCCCCUGCACCGGCCCGCCCGUGGCCAACGGACCUUUCCUGGCAAGCCCCGCCCCCUGUAGCACAGCAGGAACGCUGGGUAACGCGGACACUGUUUCUGUAGGCAAUAAUCACACGACAGGAAUGGGGAGCAACGGAAAUGUGCCUUACCUGCAGCUAAACGCACUACCUCACAACUGCACAACCCCGAGCAGCGCGGAGGAGCCGUGGAAACACCAACACGUCAACUCCACUCAGGGCCUUCACAAAGGUCCCGGUUCGCAUUCGGCAGGUCCCAAUGGCGAACGGCCUUUCUCUUCCGCUGGCACGCCCCAGCACUUCCAGGCGGCUGGCCCCGGCGUUCAGAAUCAGGUUGGACAUUCCGGGCCGGCCGGUGGGCCGGCGGCGCCGGGCGCGGCUCUCAAUCACCGCCCCUCCCCCCCCCACUCUGCUACCUCAGGCGGACAGCAAGGCAUUACCUUAACCAAAGAGAGCAAGCCAUCAGGAAACGGCGACAGGCAUUCCGGGGAGACGCCCAACAGCACUGCCACCGCGGAGGGACUCCCUAAUCACGUCCAUCAGGCGGCGGCGGGGGCGGGGCCGGCCGACGCCCCGCCCGACCCCGGCCGCGCGGAACCCGAGUCACCAGGUGUACUUAGUCCAGACAAUCCUCCUCCGCUCUCUGCCUUGUUGACGGGAAAAGCCAGUAGCGGCGGGGCGGCGGGACCCUGCGGAAAAGUCAACAACGUCCACCCGGCCCUCCACGGCGCCCCCGGGGCCCCCGGGAGCUCGGCGGCGUCCUCGCCGGCCUCGGCCAUGUCCACCGCCACCCCGUCCCCAAAGUCCACGGAGCACGCUCCAGCCAACAGCGCCGCCAGCCUUAACAGCCCCUCCGCGUCCCGGCCCACGGUGAACGGCAAGGGCCCGGAGGACUCCCGCAGCCCCGCGAAGGUGGACCCGCCCGCAGUCAGCCGCAAGCCUGCCCUGCCCCUCACGCCCUCCUCCUCCGUCUCCAUCUACCCCAGCUCCAGCGACGUGCUCAAAGCCUGCAGGAACCUGGGAAAGAACGGUUUAUCUAACAGCAGCAUAUUGUUGGACAAGUGUCCCCCCCCUCGACUGCCUCCCCCGCCUUUCCCCUCACUGCCAAAGGACAAGCUCAACCCCCCCACACCCAGCAUAUAUCUGGAGAACAAGCGAGACGCCUUCUUCCCUCCCCUGCACCAGUUCUGCACCAACCCCUCGAACCCGGUGACCGUGAUCCGCGGGCUGGCGGGAGCACUGAAGCUGGACCUGGGCCUGUUCUCCACCAAGACCCUGGUGGAGGCCAACCCGGACCACCUGGUGGAGGUGCGCACGCAGCUGGCCCAGCCCACCGACGAGAACUGGGACCUGACGGGCACCCGCAAGAUGUGGCGCUGCGAGAGCAGCCGCUCGCUCACCACCAUCGCCAAAUACGCGCAGUACCAGGCCUCCUCCUUCCAGGAGUCUCUGCGGGAGGAGAACGAGAAGAAGGGGCAGAAGGAGCUUUCGGACACAGAGUCUACAUCCUCAGAGAACUUGGUGCGACGGAGAAAAGGUCCCUUCAAACACAUCAAGUUCGGGACGAACAUCGACCUGUCGGACGAGAGGAAGUGGAAGCUGCAGCUGCACGAGCUGAGCAAGCUCCCGGCCUUCGCCCGCGUGGUGUCUGCGGGGAACCUGCUGAGUCACGUGGGCCACACCAUCCUGGGCAUGAACACCGUGCAGCUCUACAUGAAGGUGCCCGGGAGCCGCACGCCAGGUCACCAAGAAAACAACAACUUCUGUUCUGUGAACAUCAACAUCGGGCCGGGGGACUGCGAGUGGUUUGCCGUGCCGGAGCCGUACUGGGGCGUCAUGAACGAGUUCUGCGAAAAGAAUAAUAUCAAUUUCCUAAUGGGCUCGUGGUGGCCCAACCUGGAGGACCUGUACGAGGCCAACGUGCCCGUGUACCGGUUCAUCCAGCGGCCGGGCGACCUGGUGUGGCUCAACACGGGCACGGUGCACUGGGUGCAGGCCAUCGGCUGGUGCAACAACAUCGCCUGGAACGUGGGCCCGCUGACGGCGUACCAGUACAAACUGGCAGUGGAGCGAUACGAGUGGAACAAGCUGCAGAGUGUCAAGUCCAUCGUCCCCAUGAUUCACCUGUCCUGGAACAUGGCCAGGAACAUCAAAGUCUCCGACCACAAGCUCUUUGAAAUGAUCAAAUACUGCUUGUUGAGGACGCUGAAGCAGUGUCAGAUGAUGAAAGAGGCUCUGGUAGCCGCAGGGAAAGAGGUGGUUUGGCACGGGAGGACCAAGGACGAGCCCGCCCACUACUGCAGCAUCUGCGAGGUGGAGGUGUUCGACCUGCUCUUUGUGACGAGCGAGAGCAACUCGCGGAAGACGUACGUGGUGCACUGCCAGGACUGCGCCCGCCGGGGCAGCUCCAACCUGGACAACUUUGUGGUGCUGGAACAGUACAAAAUGGAGGACCUGAUGCAAGUGUAUGACCAGUUCACAUUAGCUCCUCCUCCUCCUCCUCUGCCUUCGUCCUCAUCUUGACAUUUAACGUUUAUUGUUCUGUGGACAGUACACAUGGACUAAAUGAACCGUUUCUGAUAUUCAGGAAGUGACCCAGUUCUGCACCACUGGUUUCUGUAGCUACCCCCCCCCCUCAUCCCCCAUCCCCCCCAUCUG